CUACAUCUCACGCAAACUCCAGUAAAAAGCUCCCCUUUACGACUCCCACCUCAGAGGGAGAACGCGUCGUCAACUACUUCAAAAAUACAAAAGGACCGGCUCACUCUCAUUAAUCCACCAUUUCCAUCACUCUCUUUCCUUUCUUUCCUUUCGUUUCAAUUCAAUUCAACUUUCUCUCUUAACAAACAAGAAUCAGAAUCUCACUCGAAGCCUCCGACUCGCAAUUUUCCUCCAAAUUCUCGUGAAUUCAGCAGAAAAUCUCAACCGAAUUCAACUAAUUUGAAGUUAGUCAUGAAAGCACGAGAAAACAAGUAGAAAUGGUGCACGUAUUGAAGUGAGAGCAAAAAAGAAGGAAAUAAUGAGUGCGAUGAAGCGAAAAGCAGUGCAGCAGAAAUCUCAAAUUAGAUGGAAGAGGAAGGUUUUGGUGGCGGUUUUAGCGGUGUUUUGUCUCGCGAGUUUAGCGUUGAUGGAGACACAGUACUCUCGAAUCGUCUCGCUGGCGUCGUUACGACACCGUUUUAUUGUCAAGCCGAAGAUCGCCUUCCUUUUCAUCGCGCGGAAUCGCCUUCCUCUCGAAAUGGUUUGGGACGCUUUUUUCAAGGGAGAAGAGGACAGAUUUUCAAUUUAUGUUCACUCUAGGCCUGGCUUUUUGUUUAACAAGGGAACGACGAGAUCGGCUUAUUUUUUGAACCGGCAAGUUAAUGAUAGUAUACAGGUAGAUUGGGGAGAAGCGAGCAUGAUUGAGGCUGAGCAUAUAUUGCUUAGACAUGCAUUGACAGACCCUUGUAAUGAACGCUUUGUUUUUGUCUCAGAUAGCUGUAUACCUCUUUAUAACUUCAGUUACACAUAUGACUAUAUCAUGUCAACAUCAACUAGUUUUGUUGACAGCUUUGCUGAUACAAAAGAGGGUCGUUACAACCCAAAAAUGAAUCCUGUUAUUCCUGUUUACAACUGGAGGAAAGGAUCCCAGUGGGUUGUGCUAACAAGAAAGCAUGCAGAGGUUGUUGUAAAUGACACUACAGUCUUUCCCAUGUUUCAACAACAUUGCCAGAGGAGAUCAUUGCCGGAGUUUUGGCGAGAUCGUCCCUUUCCAGUUGAUCCAGCAAAGGAGCACAACUGUAUACCAGAUGAACAUUACGUUCAAACGUUACUUACUCAAGAAGGCUUUGAAGGAGAAAUCACACGGAGAUCAUUAACCUAUUCUGCAUGGGAUCUUUCAGCCUCCAAAGACCGUGAACGCCGUGGAUGGCAUCCAGUGACUUACAAGUUUUCCGAUGCCACUCCCAAGCUUAUUAAAUCUAUAAAGGAAAUUGACAAUAUCCACUAUGAGACUGAAAACCGUAGAGAAUGGUGUAGCAGCAAGGGGAAGCCAUCCCCGUGCUUCCUUUUCGCGAGAAAAUUCACCAGGCCUGCUGCUCUCCACCUUCUUAAUUUGUCAGUUCUGGGAGCUCACCGUCUAGCAAAAAGUGAAUCGUAACCAUGCAAAAGGUAAUUUUCUAUGGUAAGUCUAUUAUUGGGUAGGGUUUUUUUUUUUUUUUUUAAUUCUUAAUCUAUCCUUAGAUUUCCUACCCUUAUACUUAUCCGGGUUUAGAAGACAUUAUGCGUAUAAGCUCAUUUCAACCUGCAACCUCCAAGCAUCAACUCCAAUAUCAUGUCAAUUGAUCUAAAAGUCGGUCGGCAUGUUAGAUAGGAUUUGUUAGGCUUAACAUGUAUUUUUGCAGUAAAAAAUUAUGGGGAGAGGUGUAAAUUACAAGGGGAAAUGAAGUCUAAAGUGUGUUGUAUGAUAAACUAUCAUUUUUUUUUUAAAGUGCAGAUAGUAAUAAAUUGAAAAUAUCAUUAUUUUGUCGUUGCUAUAUUAGGGCGUCCCAUGCUUAUGGUCUCGUUUUGUGGUUUUGUGGUCGCUCGUGCAAUUUAAAAAUUUAAGAAAGUUGUAACAUGCAAGAGUUGGGCCAUCAGCUCAUUACGAGACUCAGAUUGGUUGGGUCACAAUAAUAGUAUCGCAACGGUGGAGGCAGCGGGAUUGAUUGGAUGAUUAUCUGAUUUCAGUUUUAUUUGAUAUCAUAUUAUUAUUUUUGAUAUCAAAAUUUGACAUGAUACGUAUGUAUAAUUUGUAUUGAAUUUGAA